UCUUUGGGCAGUUACAAGAACAAUUGCUAUUAUUGGGUUAGGGUUAUUACUUUUAAUAUGAGCAAUGUUAAAGGGUUAAAUGUACUGGAACUUAAAUAUACACUGUGUAAACAAAUACUUUGUUUAACUCUGGAAAACGCAUCCUGUGGCAGAUCCGACUCCCCUAAACAGAAACACCUCACUUAUUACUUCCAGCCAUCUGCCAACUACCAGCGACUGAUGUCGGCUCACUUCUGUUUCUAUGCCAGGGGCGCCACAGCCAACUCCUCAGCUGCUAUCACAAUCCUCACGUUAAGACGGGCAGAUUCUUCAGGUGGCAGGAGGAGCAGCCCAGAUGGAUGGACAACUUACAUCCUGGAUCAGAACAUGCUUGAAAACCCCUUCCUGUUCCAAGUGCACUGUUGAAACUGUCAGUGUCACAAAGAGGAGGCAGGUCAGAUUCCUUUUCACCUGCACAUUAACCCAAGGCCGGCCCACUCACCGAGGCGUGCCGAAGACCACAUGCCUUGGUCCCCUUUGGCCAUCGACCUGCUUCAACGGCCCUCUCAGGAGAGUCCACAGCACAAAGAUUGUGGCCGAGCUGAAAUCCAAAUCAGCUUCCAAGAGCUGGGCUGAGUGCUGACCUUCUACUACUGUCACGAGAACUGCUUGGCUUCUAAUCAAACAAGCACCAUUCUUGGGAUCACGCAGUGGUGCCCCGGAUCCAUGAUGUCACUGGGCAUCACCACCACAUCUGAUGGUGGUUACUCCUUUCAGCAUGAGAUUUUGCCCAACAUCAUUCCGGAAAAAUGUACAUGUAUCUAA